AUAAGAAGUCAUUUUCUACAAAGUGCUCAGAUUAUAAAUGCCAGCAUGAAGAAUUAAGCUGGCAAUCAAGGAUCUUGAAUACUAGAAAAUAGAAGGUAAUUAUCACCUAAUGAUAUGGAUGAGAGGAAGAUGUGUGAAAAUAGUUGCAAACUUUUCUGAUACAAAGACAGAGACUACUCCUUACAAAAUACAAAAGAAGGGACGAAGGAAGUACACAGCAAUACCUUCAUUAUUCAAGAGAGAGAGAGUUGUAGAAUUACAGACCUCCUAGGAAAGGAAAUUCCACCCUACAACUAUACAAACUCUUAUACCUAUCUUUCCAAUUCCUCACUCUCUCUAUCUCUCUGUCUUGCUUUUUCUGUCUCUUCUAGUCAUUCUCUUUUCUUCUUUGUUCUUGCUGUUUGUGCUCAUGGAAACUAGCACCAAUUCUGCUGCAGCACCUGCAAGGCCACUUGGCAACCACAUCCUUAAACACAAUUAUUCCCAUUCUCAUCAUACUCAUAGCCACCACCAUAGCAGCACACUUUCCUCAACUUCCAUUCUCAUCAUUAUCAUCUCUGCCAUCUGUGCCAUUGUAAUUCUUGCUAUCUUUAUGCUUAUAGUGAUGCUUAAAAGACUCAAAUCUGCUAAAAAUGUAAGCAGUUCCAAAGACAAUAGCAGCAUUAACAACAAAACUUGUUGGUUUGUUGCUGAUACCACUGUAAGCUUUACUUCUAGCCCAGAUGUGAAAGAAGGGUGUCUAUAUGGAAGCAAUAUGAGUCAAAAACCUCCAAGAAAACACAAAGGAGUCCAAGUUUUCACAUACAAGGAGCUUGAAGUAGCUACAGACAGAUUCAGUGAAGCAAAUGUGAUAGGAAAUGGAGGUUAUGGAGUUGUGUAUAAAAGUGUCCUCGCAGAUGGUACUUUGGCUGCCAUUAAGAUGUUUCGAAGAGAAGGAAAGCAAGGUGAACGUGCCUUUAGGAUAGAGGUGGACCUGCUAAGCAGGUUGCACUCACCUUACUUGGUGGAACUCCUUGGCUAUUGUGCUGACCAGCACCAUAGACUCCUGAUAUUUGAAUUCAUGCCUAAUGGUACCCUUCAAUAUCAUCUUCAUCACAAGCAAUAUCAGCCGUUGGAUUGGGGGACCCGACUGCGCAUAGCCCUUGAUUGUGCUAGGGCACUGGAGUUCCUUCAUGAAAACACAAUACCAGCAGUUAUCCACCGUGAUUUCAAGUGCAGCAACAUUUUGCUUGACCAAAAUUUCCGUGCCAAGGUUUCCGAUUUUGGAUUUGCCAAGAUGGGUUCGGACAAGAUCAACGGUCAGACAUUGACACGUGUGGUUGGGACCAGUGGUUAUCUUGCUCCAGAGUAUGCUUCAACUGGUAAGCUUACGACAAAAUCAGAUGUAUACAGCUAUGGCGUAGUUCUUUUACAGCUGUUAACUGGCCGGAUACCUGUGGAUACCAAGCGGCCCCCUGGUGAACAUGUACUUGUUUCCUGGGCUCUUCCAAGGUUAACUAACAGAGAAAAGGUUGUGGAAAUGGUUGAUCCAGUUUUGCGUGGGAACUACUCGAAGAAAGAUUUGAUUCAGGUAGCGGCAAUUGCAGCCAUGUGUGUUCAACCAGAAGCAGAUUACCGGCCUUUAAUGACCGAUGUGGUUCAGUCACUAAUCCCUCUGGUCAAGAACCUCUCUUCAGUUUCGUCAUCAGCUUCCUCUAGAUUUCACAAUCAUGUAGUUAGUCCCAGGUCUUAAGGACAGUUCAGAAAUUGUAAAAUUGUACAACUCCCUGCUGAGGGUAGAAAUAGGAAGUCUUUUUUGGAGCAUAAUGAGAGCCACCAUGCUAUAGUUUGUCUUCCUUGGCCGUAAAUAAAUUGGCAACGGUACUACUGACGUACAUUCUAUCAUUCUACAUUGGGUUGAAAUAAGAGUAAAAAAUGAAGUUUCCUGAAUGA